AUGGCGCUUGAUCUCGGAGGAAACAAGAAGAAACACGAUGAUAAAAAAUUUGAUUAUGAAGAGAUAAGGAAGAAGCAGUUGAGAGAGGAUGAUUCAAGCGGCGAAGACGAACGCUUUCAUGACAGGGAGGCUCUGGAAAUAGUCAAACGAUUAGAAGCUAAAUAUGGAGGAAAGAAAGACAAAAAGGGUCGUAAAUUGCGGUUUGGAAAUGAGGACGACUACAUGGACAAGAGGGCCGGCUACGAUUUGGACGACGAUUUUAUCGACGAUUCGGAGGCUUACGAUGAACUCAUUCCGUCAACGAUGGACACUGUGCAAGGCGGAUUUUACGUGAACAGAGGGAAAUUAGAGUUCAAGACAAGGCAUGAAGAAGUUAAUGAUUCGGACAUCUCAGACGCUGAGGAAGCACCUCAGCAAAGGAAGGGCACCAAACGAGUGGUGGUAUCAAGUGAAGAUGAAACAGAUGUUGUCGAGGAAGUUGCUCCGGUUGUGCCCACAGCUAGUACUAGCGGUGUGAAGACUACAUCCGAUGCGCCUGCUCCAGUCCCUAUCGCUCCGAAACCUCGUAUGGUUGGUGCACCUCCAACGAAAGUUAGGCGGAUCGCUUUGGGAGAGUCCGCUAACCAGCGAGCUGCUAAUGCUAUCAAGAAGCGUUUGGUGGGUAUGCCUCCAACUCUGUUGAAACGGAAAGUUCUACAGACUGCUGUCACUCGUAAAGAGAAUGAGAUGUCUGACUUCCUUCGAACUAUGGCCGGUGGAGAGGUACCCGUGGACGAUGAUAUCGUGGAAGUAGUUGCGUCGACAUCUGCCCAGCCAGUAACGUCGACAAAGAUUCUCGAGAAGGCGCCUGCGGUAGAUGUAGUUCCUGCUUCGUCAGCUUCUACCUCCUCUGCUCCGACAACUUCUACUAAUAGCGCUCAAGCGAACACCAAUGAUGCUAGCAGUUCGAGCGUUUCGACAUCUCCGAGGAAGAAACCACUUGCACCAAUGACUGACACUUUAUCUAGCAUGAUAGAGGAAUUCAAGCGAUGCACGAAUAAUCUUGCAUUACCGGGACAAAAGAAGCGUUUACAAAAUGUGCAUGUCGAUAUGGUGAUAGCAAUCGAAGAGCAGUGCCUAAAGGAUGGUUAUUCGGUUCACGAGAAAGCACGCGUAGCACAUUCUUUAGCAGAUUACUGUGGAAUCCAGAAGAACUCUUUAUAUGCCCGGUGCAUAAAGCGGAGAGAUGAACAUAAAAAUGGGGCACCAAAUUUGGCUUUUCUUGCAAAGUCAACUGGGGGAGGUUUUGGUGGAUUUUCCCAGUUCAACAAGAGUGUUGCAUCUGCUCCUGCUCUUGAGAAUGUCAAAUCCACACCAGCAACUUCAAAUACGGAUGCCGUCAAGCCAGUUUCCACUCCCGCUGCUUCUCCUGCUGUAUCGACUUCUGCAAAGGCAACCACAGUACAAACUCCUUCUACUUCUGCAUCAACUGCGCCAUCCGUCAGUGUCCAUCCAAAGCCUGUUGUUGUUGCACAAACACCCGCUACAACUGCUGCUGCUUCAACAAGCGCACAUCCACCCUCUACCGCUGCUCCAGCUGCCAAGGCGUCCUCGACGUGGACGAACCAGAAGAAAUUGGCUGCCCAAUCGAUGAUUACCAACGUAGCAGGUUUGGCGUCCUUCAAAGGUCGUGUUGGUGAACUCCAAGAGAUUCUCAGAAAAGUUGCCAAUGAGACCAUUACUUAUGAGGAUUUUGUGAAGUGGCAUGAUCUCAGCAUGAAACCUGCCACUUCGAAACCUCAUAGUGAGCAAAAACCAGUUGUGAAUGGCGUGGUCAAGUCUAACAGUUCUGCCACCAGUGCUACAAAGUCGAGCACACAUGUAAACAGUAGCGAGAAGGCACAGCCUUCCGCUUCGGCUCCUCCACCUGCCAAAGCCCCUACCAGUGCAACAGCGGUUCCUGUAAAGCGCACUACACUCGCUCAAGCAAUGGCUGCAGCAAGUGUACCGAAUCGUGCACGACCAUUGUCACUCACGAGCGCACAAAUAGCCGAAAGAUUCGAGAGGGAUAAACAGGAAACCAUCAAGGCGAUCUCGACUGCCAUUGAAAAUAGCAAGACUGCACACAAGAAGAAGUCUGACGCAGCUGUUGCUGCUGGAAAAGGCGCUCCAAAGUACGAGUUUCUGUGGACUGAAAAUCUCGCAAGAGCGCUACGAACGCAGCUGGAGCUGUAUUGGUCAGUCAUAUUGGGCUCUGACAGCUAUGCUCAUGCUACAGAAGCAAUCAUCACCAUUUUCGCUAAAGAGAUAUAUCCUCUUUUUCGUGGCGAAAUCAAACUGAGUCGUUUGAUGGUUGAGUACACCAGAAGGAGUCCAGAAAGGGCGUUUUUGUUGGCAAGUUCAAGUAUUCAGAGGCUUUUGAAAGAUGAUGGCAUCGAUUUGAACAACAUCACGGUCGUCAUCAAGAAGGAUAAGGCUGACAAUGACACUGACGGCUCCAAGGGCUCAGCGUCUCACGAUGAUUCUGACGUAGUGGUCGUAGAGCCUAGUACAUCCACUGCCAGCACAUCAAAUGGCGAAGUUGCUGCGGCGUCAACACCAUCCACAUCCUCAGCGCCUCUUCCCGCGUUCGCUGCGGCAUCAGCGCUAGCUGCUUCUAAUCAAGCUGUAGCUGCAUUGAAUGGAAUGGGUCUGAAUAUGAGUCCUGCGCAGAUCGCGGAGAUCACAGCAGCAUUGCAGCAGCUGAGUUCGCUCACCACUGACCCUCAAAAAUUGAUGGUGUUACAGCAAACUUUGAUGAUGCAAGUCCUGACGCACAACCAGCUGGAAGCUAAACGUAAACACGACGAAGAAAAAAAGAAAGAAGAAGAGAAGAAGAAGAAGUUGGAAGAGGAGAAAGAAGCAAAAAGGCGUUUGAAGGAGGAGGAGAAACUGAAGCUCAUAGCACAAAAGAAAGCGCUUGCUCAAUCUGCAAAAGAAAAAGCGAUGGAAGAGAAGCGGUUACGAUUAGAGGAGGAGAAGAAGCAGAAAGCAGCCGAAAAAGCACGAAAAGCUGAGGAAGAGCGGGAAAGACGCCUACAAGAACAAGCGGAGAAGGAAAGGUUGUUGAGGGAAGAACGCGAAAGACAGGCUAGGGAGGAAGCUGAAAAGAAGAGAAAGGAGGAAGAGGAGCGAAAGCGUCUGGAAGAAAUCCGUGUGAAAGUCGAAGAAGAGAAGGCAAGAGAGCUGGAAAGACAGCGUCAAGCUCAGCUACGUGAGGAGGAAGCGAAAGCGGCGCAGUUACUUGAGGAAGAGAUUCUGAUGGAAGAUCCCACUGAAGUCCCGCCUGAACGAAAACAGGAGCUUGAGGAAGAGGAACUGGCGGAGUCGCUACGAAUCAAGAAACAGGAAGAGCAACUGGCAGCGGUACGAGCAGCCAACCUAGCUGCUCAAGCUCAACAAGCGCAGGCAACACCAGUGUGCCCUCCAAAUCCCAUACAAGCUGUGACGAAAUCGAAUGCAAUGGUUAUGUCUCCCGAGCAGAAGCCUCUAGCGCCACAACCCUUGGAGCACAGGACAGUGGAGCAGAAGCCUCUAGCACCAAAAGUUCCAGGGCAGAAGUCUAUUGAGCAGAAACCGCUAGCAACACCACCCAAAUCUUUACCGACUCCUCCAAAUUCUUUUCCAAUGCAGUCACAGUCUACCAUCAUACAAAGUCCAGCAGCUGCUAUUCCGUCCAGCCCUCAAUAUCCGAAUCCGAACAGCUACGGAUUUCCUAGCAGUCAUAGCAGUGGUAGCGCUAUCAUGAUGUCGCCACAAUGUAUGACACCAAUGACGCCACCGUCUCACAGAAGUCCAGCAUUCCAUCAACAGGUAAUCCAGUCCCCUCAGCAACAUCAAGCGGUUCAAUCCCCUUUGUCUGCAGGACCGCAUCAACACCAAAUGGUAAGUCAAAGGCAACAAUCCAUGUCAUCUAUGACGUGUCCGCAGUCGAGUCAGCCGCUGCAACAGAAUGUUGGCUACGAUCUAUCGCCUCAGACGUUUGCUCAACCACAGCCGCAUGCGACCCCUCCGCAGAACAGCUACUCCUAUGGAAUGCAACAGGCACAACAACGGCCGCUGCAACAUCAGCAACAAGUCAAUGUCUCACCAUCCAUGCAAAAUCAAUUGCAGCCGACUAUGCAGCAAAGUCAUACAAUGCAGCCACAAACUAUUCCGCAACCACAGGCUGUUCGUCAGCAAGUACAGUCGUCACAACCUAUGACAAUGCAACAGCCUGUUCAUCAGCAACAAAUGCAGCAACAGCAACCCGUGCAGCAAAUGCAGCAGCCAACACCUCAAACGAGUGGACAGUUCCAAUCAACAGCGGCGCAACGUCAACAGCAAGCAGUCGACCAGCAACAUAUGCUCAUGCAGCAACAGCGAGAGAGGGAGAUGUACUUGCUUCAGCAGCAGCAACAACAAAUAGCAGCUCAGAGGCAACAACAACAGCAGCAACAACAACAGCAGCAGCUGCAGCUGCAGCAACAACAGCAGUUACAACGGCAGCAACAGCAACUGCAACAACAGCAGUUGCAGCAACAGUUCCAACAACAACAAAGGCAACAACAACAGCUGCAGCAGCAACUUCAGCAGCAACAACAAGUGCAACAGCAGCAGCAUUUGCAACAGCAGCAACCUUUUGCAAUGCAGCAGCAGCAACAGAAUCAAGCGUUUCUUAUGCAGCAACAGUUUCAGAAUAAUUCGCGUCAGCACCAAAUGCAACAACAGAUGAUGGGUCAGUAUCCGCAUCAACAGCAGAAUCCAUUCGGGUAUUAGGACUGGUUCGUCAAGCAUCAUAGCAGCUGAGCUGCUUUCAAGAUAAAGCUUUAGCGGGAGCGGGCUUUCAUAAGCGACAUGUGAUACCCAUAUCUAUAGUAGAUUGCAUUAAUUCACUCAGUGGUCGCUAUAUAUGAACUAGUCCGGAAUUCACUUAAUAUAAACGAUAUCUGUAUAGCUCCGUUUUUUUCUUAGUGGUCAAAUCGGUCAAAUUGAGGUUUCUAUAUAUUCACGUUUUCGCAUGCAAUAGUUCCAAUGCUUUUGUCUUGAACGAGUAUCUCUUUGUAAUUCUUAGUUGGCCAAAUGUAAAUAGCCUUACCCUUUACCGCUCGACUCCAGGUCGGGUAAUUCACUGGCUUUCUUACCAUUGCGAUCCUUACAACGUUAUCCUUUCCAGUAUCGUCUCAGUCUGGGAUUAGUGAUGAUUGUUGUCCUUAGAGGUUCUAAAUAAAUUUUUUGGUCUCAGC